AUGCACGAUAUUUGGGCGGUCCCGCUCCAGCUCUCCAACUUCAAUAUUAUAGUCGCCGUACUGGGCGGUUUUAUCUCUCUCUUUGGCCUUGUAUCGUAUCUUUUAAAGGAGAAUUUUUAUGUUUCUGAAGCUCUCAUUUCGCUCUUGGUGGGGGUUGCACUUGGACCAAAUGGAGCACAAUUUAUCCGUCCCAGGGACUACGCCAUGUGCAACCACAAAGGUGUCUCGGCUGUCGAGUGCCGCGACAACCUAAAUGCCAUGACGCUAAACUUCUCCCGGCUGGUUCUAGGCAUUCAGCUGGUCCUUGCCGGUGUGCAGCUCCCCAGAAAAUAUCUACAGAAGGAAUGGAGAUCCAUUCUGCUGCUUGUGGGCCCGGGCAUGACGGCCAUGUGGAUCGCCACAAGCCUGCUCGUCUGGGUCUUUGCCAGGACGCCCAGCUUCCUGCACGCACUCGCCGUCGGUGCAUGUGUAACGCCCACUGAUCCUGUGCUCUCCGCCGUUAUUGUCAAGGGCAAGUUUGCCGACAAUAAUAUUCCCAAGGAUCUCCAGCACCUUAUCAUUGCCGAGUCUGGCACUAAUGAUGGGCUCGGCUACCCGUUUCUUUUUUUUGCCCUUUAUCUUAUCAAGUAUGUGGGCUCGGGCGCAACAUCUGGCGGUACCGGUGAUGCUAUGGGCCUCUGGUUUGUCUUCACCUGGGGAUACACCAUCAUCCUCAGUAUCCUGUACGGCGCCGUGGUGGGCUGGGUGGGCAAGAGGCUACUGUACUGGGCAGAGCAGCGCAACUACAUCGACCGUGAGAGCUUUCUCGUAUUUGCUAUUGCCCUCGCUCUGUUUGUGCUGGGUACGUGCGGCCUUAUUGGUACCGACGAUGUCCUCGCCUGCUUCAUCGCAGGCAACACAUUUACGUGGGAUGACUGGUUCCGACUGCAGACCAAAGAUGACUCUCUUCAGCCAACAAUCGACAUGCUCCUCAACGUCUCUAUCUUUUUGUGGUACGGCACUUACAUACCUUGGGACCACUUCAGUGAUAACUCUAUCAUCUCGACCCGGCGCCUCCUCAUCCUUGGUGCUCUAGUCCUCCUCCUGCGACGUCUGCCCUGGGUAUUUGGCAUGCAUAGAUGGAUCCACCAGAUCAAAGAAGUCAGGCAGGCCAUCUUUGUAGGAUUCUUUGGACCCAUUGGCGUCUCUGCCAUCUUUUACCUAUUUGUCAGCAUGGAAUUCAUCGAGCAACAUUUGAGUGACGGGGACGGUGUUCCUCGAAGCGACGUUAAGGACCUUGGUGAAACCAUUCGGGUUGUCGUCUGGUUCCUCGCAGUCUGUAGCAUUGUUGUUCACGGACUCAGUAUCCCGCUGGGAAAGAUGGGAUACCUCGCGCCUCGAACCUUUAGCCGGGUACUGAGUGAGACCCUGAGUGAUGAGCCGCGCUCGGCGGAAUCUUUGCGCAGGAUCCCGGUGCUGGGCAAGUACCUUGUCGGAGAGCCAAGCGAUGAGGAGUCUCGGCGUUAUCAGCGCACCACCGCCAUAUCGGGCCCGUCAAACCCUCGUCAUCCUCACACGGAGGCAAGUACGCCAAUUCUCCCCAGCCAAGUUGCGGUCAAUUACGGGGCAUUAAAUUCCGGCCCCGUUCGCCGCGACCGGGAGAUUCGGUUCCCUGAUGAGGGGCAAGUCAGUCAUAGCUGCUGA